AUUUGCAAUUAUUGCUAAACAUUCAGUUUUAAAAUCUGUUUGUGAAAAACAAAAAAAUAUUGAUUUAAUAUCACUUCUUACAAACGUAACUAAUUAUAUCCCUUCUCACUUUCACUGCGUAUCUUUACCUUUUUCUUAGAAAUGUAUCUUAACGUUCACUUAAUAGCUAACAUUUUUAAAAACUACUUUGUCUUUGUUAGCAAUGUCACUAUUUUUUAUAAAUCUAACUAAAAACAGAAAUAUAUGAUGAAACUCCUUUACUAAUUCCUUCUUACAAUGAAGAUACGUUUAUUGGCAUUCGUAUGUCUUUUUCUAUCAUUCCAUUUUUCUCUGCAUUCUUAAUAAUGGUAAAAAUUAAACUAAAAACCUCCGUAAUUCUGUGCUUUUUAACUUUUCAUUCAUUUACCAAUUCAGAAAAAUUAGGACAAAUUACGCGUGAUUAUUUUGGUGAUAUAUUUUCAAUCAAAAAUUGUGAUCCAACUUCAUCAUUUUGCAUUUACAAUGGGCGUCGAGCAGCUCAAAUUCCUGGUUUGGACUGUUCGUGUCAAUGUAGCCGAAGUCACUACGUGUUUCGUGAAGAUUUAAUGACGUGCAUCAAAGAUAUUGAAGAAUGUCCAGUGGCAAUGUUUGUCAGACCAUUUUCCGUGGAAAAGAUGCCACUAGUAUUUUUACCGAUGUCUGGCCAGCUGGUAUACCCUUCAGCUCAUUUGACAAUAAAGUCUGAUGGAAUAUCAAAUAAACAGUUCCUUUGCAACGUUAAAGCUUCCUUAUUGAUGACUACAAAUGGAUGGGAGGAGAUACGGACAUCUUCAAACAUAUUUGGUGUUUACAUUGAUGGGAAUAAAACAUUCCUGCAGUGGCUUGGCGAUGAUGACGAACGGCGAAAACUUGAACAUCAUUUGGUUUUAAUUCGAAUGGUUUGUGAGAGUGAGACUACAAAUGGAACUCUGUUUUAUAUCGAACCUUGUGUGGCAUUACGGAUUGGUUGGGCACCUGGUUUGGAUCCAGAAAAAGAGCAAGGAUCAAACAAGAAUAACUACAUCAUUAUCGCAGUGGCAAUAGGAAUUUUGGGUCUUAUAUAUGUUGGAGCUGUUUUAAUUUACAUGAAAAGCAGGAAAAAUAGAAGACUGCAUGAAUCAUCAAGACAAGGCUUGUCUCGUAGCUCUAUUGAAGUUACAGACGAAGAGUUAAAUUCAGCAGAGCUUAGAAAUGCCUAUAUUAAUAAUUUGGUGCAAGAAGCUGAAUUAACAACAAAGAGUUCAAAAUGUGGAUUGAAGGGUUCUCGGCGCACAUUGGAUGACCAGGAUGUAAAUUGCUUGGAAAUACAUUCUCAUCAAUCAGAUUCCUCGUCAUGUGGCAAAUUCAAUGGCAAAAAAAGAAGUAGUAAAAAUUCUACCAACGAUUACUCAGAGGGAACGUUAAAUACAGAAGAAACACUGCCUCAGUCCCCAUCAAAUGAUUUUUUUGUUAGAAUUCGUGGCAUGAUUGCAGCUGCAAAAAACCGGCUAAACAAUUUCCGGUACAGACCAACUCUUCUUGUAAUUCCUGAAGACGAUGAAGAACAUGGUAUCCGAACAUGGGUAUCCGAUGUGUGUGAUGUAGGUAAAAGAAAAUCUUCGUUCAAAAAGUUUUCUCGCAAAGGCAGCACACCAGCUAUGACAAAAAAAUUUGAAUCAAUCCAUGGCUCAAAUCUAGGUGCUGCUAUGCUAGAAGCUAAAUUAGCUCCUCCUUUACCUCCUCCUCGUAAUGUUAAACAAAGAAGAAAACGAGCUCCAUCACCACCUGGAGAAAAGUUAAAUUAUCCAGAUCAAAUGAGAGAGUCACCUUCACCUGUUAGUUUAAAUGAUUUGCAUGACAGUCUAAGAAAAACGCGUAAAUCAAAUUCUACAGGUAAUUCAAAAUCGGAAAACUAUUCAAAAUUUGACCUAUUUCGUCUGGAUUUAUAUGACAAAAUAAAUAGAAUGAGGGAAGGAAGUUCAGCUCUCUCUGAAAAUGAUAUAGCUGUUUUGGAAAUGUCUGACAGGAAAAAAACUAAAGAUGAUAUGUGCUUAGCAACAAAUUGCUCUGAAAUUGAGAAAGGUGGCUUAUUAAAUAACUAUUGCUUAAAUUCUACAUCCAGAGAAUCUGAUGAAAAGAUAUCACGUCGUCAGCUUCUUCAUAAACUGCAUGAAACAGAGGAAUCGGAAAAAAUUCAAUACUCUGAAAUCUUAACAAAAUCAAAAAGAAAAAGGAACAAAACAGAAAAUGAAAAUAUUUCUGAAGAAAUUAAAGAAGAUGUUAAAUCUGGCAAAAGUGCAGAUGAAAGCGAAGAAGAUAUUACAGAGUCCAGUGCAAGACCUGGAACUGCAAUGAGUAAUUCUUCAAGCAGUCAACCAUCAACAAUGAAAGAAAAACACAUAGCAAACGGGGAUGCUAGAGGAAUAAAUGAUGGAGACUCAACUGACUGUUCAGAAACUUCAGAGGACUCUUUAUCAGGAGAUUCUCUAAAUUCAAGUUUCAGAAAACCAGGAAAAGCCCCGUCAUUAAAAUCCAAAACUUCUGGUAAAAGUUCAGAAAAUUUGUCAGUAAUCUCUGGCUCUAGCGUCGUAACAUCCUCCAGUGUUCUGAAAGAAGUUGACUAUUGUGAAAACACGGGUGAUGAAGAAACAGAUGACGAUAGUCGAUUAAGUACCGAUUUGGAUAUGUAUAACUUAGGCGAGGAUAGUGAGCAUCCUUCUCUUGAGGAAUAUUUACAACUAUCCACACAAGUUGCAAAAAAAUUAUCAGAAAGAACAGUUCCUAAUUUUAGUACUGAUUUACCAAAGGAGAAAAAUAUGAUUCGGGAAUUUUUCUUUAAGGAAUUCAAAUCAAAUUUUGGCAAAUCUAAAAGUGAAAACGCAAAAACUAGCCCAACUUUGAAAAAUAACGAUAACUGGACUUUACAGCCACAAAAAACUAAAAAAAAUGUUUCAAAAAACAUUUUUAAACGUCAUUUAUUAAAAGGACGAAAAAAUGAAGAACUACUUGUAACGGAAGAAAGUAGCAAAAACCAUUGUUAUGAUAAUCACGGUGUCAUUAGUGAAACAGAUGAUACUAGAUCGUCUACUCCCUCUUCAACAAAUGGAAAAAAGGGUAAACAAAAAUUUAGAAAUAAGACACCUGAAAUAGUGCCUGCCUCUAAAGUUGUUGAUGGAGCUGAGAAAACCAUCAUUUCCAUAUCAAAUGGAUCUUGUGAAACAGUCAGGGAAACAAAAAGGUGUUCUCCUUCACCAAACUCUAUAUCUAUUCCCAGGGUUGGAAAAGCAGUUUCUCUUCCUAAACAAAGAAUAUCUCACAUCCAUGAAGAUCCUGAUGACAUUUCUACUAGUAAUUACAAUGAAAAUGAAUGUGAUAGGUUUGUAGAGACACCAUCUAUCGAGUCAGAUUCUAUAUCAGUUGCCAAUUCAGACAUGACUGAAGAUUCCUUAAAUACACCUGUCCCACCACAUGGAUGCGGAGAAGAAAACCGUGAGGAUAUUAGUGAAGAUGAAAAUGAAUCGACAAUCGACAAGUGUUUAGCUCAGUUAGCAGACUCUGUCAUACAGCCGACUGAUGAUUGCUCACUAAAUAGGUAUUUAAGUCACUUGGGCAAUGUUCUUGCAACCAGAGAUGAUAGCGAAUUCGAGUUGUGCUUGAGUAAACUCGCAAAUAGUAUGUCAAGGAACCGUGCCACUAAAGGAUUCAACCUUACUCAGCAUUUGCCAUUAUGUUCAUUUGAGCAUGUUUGUGUAGAUAAAAGCGAUCGAAGUACACCCACAUCUGAUCGUUCUUCAACUACUUCGAGAGGUUCACGAAGCUCUCAAGAAAAUUUACGUAAAAAAACAUUAACAAAAUCCAAGCAUCAUCAUCAUCACCAUCAUAUUGCUGAGUGCAAACAUACGAAUGGAGAUUCAGUUCAGAUGAAUGGAACGUUAAAUAAUGGAAACCAUUUACCAAAUGGACGAUCACAUGUGAAUGGGAAAGAUGAUUUUUCCACUCGCAUUUUGGUCGAAAGAGCUGCAGCAUUGCAAAACGUUCUUCGAGGAAAACACCGAAUACCAAGUACGUCAGAAGAAGAAGAAUGUGGCCGUGCAAGUUCAUUAGGCUCCACAAGAGAGUUAGAAACACCAAUUCCUGAAACUACGUCAGAUCCUGGAUCAGCUGAUUUAGAAAGACCAAGAAAAAAAAGACCUCUUCUAAGAAGGAGUAAGAAAGGACUAAAUGGUACUUGUAGACAACAUAUUCAAAGCAACAAACUUAGUAAAAAGGAUAAUGGGUCCCUAAGAAAAGGUUUUCAAGCGAGAAAUUCAAGCACUCCUCGAUCCAGCGGCAGUGAUGUGACUGUUAUACAAUUGGAAGGAGAGGCAAAUCAGCAUGUGACAAACGUUGAUAGCUCAAACACUUUUGUAACUUUAAUUAAUGUUGAUAGUUCUGAUUGUUCUAAUAGUGCUGAAGAAAAGUAGCUAAUUGCGUCUCUAAAGUGUAUGUAGUCACCAUUAUUCUAGACGCUCAAACCACAUUGUUAUUUCAUUAAUUUAUAAGUUUUGUUUCUUGCUAAUUAUUUGAAUGAAGUCACCAUUU